CGGCUGACACCGCCGAGGAGGUGAAGGAGGCCCGGGAGGCGGCUCGCGACGCGGAAGAAGCUGUGGAGGCUGCCGCUAAGGCUGCAGAGGAGGCAGCGGAGGCGGCUGAAGAAGCGAGGGAGGCGGCUGAGGAAGCACAGGAGGAUGCGGAGGAGGCAAAGGAGGAUGCGGAGGAGGCAAAGGAGGCAGCCGAGGAGGCACAGGAAGCGGCGGAGGCAGCUGCCGAUGCGGCCGAGGAGGCAAAGGCUGAGGAGGAGGCAGAGAAGGCGAUCCUCGAGGAUGCGGGUGAGGUGGCAGAGGAAGCCGCAGAUGACGCAAAGGAGGCGGCCGAGGAGGCGGCGGACCAGGCCGCCGAGGCGGCGGAGGGUGCUGAGGACGCUGCUGAGGCGGCGGAGGCUGCAGACGAGGCUGGCGAUGCGGCAUCCGAGGCGGCGGACGAGGCUGAUGAGGCCGCUGAUGCUGCAAAGCGGGCAGCUAAGGCAGCUGAGGAGGCCGAUGGGGCUUCAGAAGCUGCCGAAGCGGCGGAAGAAGCGGCAGAAGCAGCCGAGGACGCUCAGGAUGCUGCAGAGGAAGCAGCAGACGCGGCAGAGGAAGCGGCAGAGGCCGCGGAGGAGGCGGCAGAGGCUGCGGAAGAGGCGGCCGAAGAUGCCGAGGAGGCUGAGGAGGCGCUGGAGGAAGCCCAGAAGGCGUUGGCGGCUGCCAGGGCCGCGUUGGAGGCGGCUGACACCGCCGAGGAGGUGAAGGAGGCCCGGGAGGCGGCUCGCGACGCGGAAGAAGCUGUGGAGGCUGCCGCUAAGGCUGCAGAGGAGGCAGCGGAGGCGGCUGAAGAAGCGAGGGAGGCGGCUGAGGAAGCACAGGAGGAUGCGGAGGAGGCAAAGGAGGAUGCGGAGGAGGCAAAGGAGGCAGCCGAGGAGGCACAGGAAGCGGCGGAGGCAGCUGCCGAUGCGGCCGAGGAGGCAAAGGCUGAGGAGGAGGCAGAGAAGGCGAUCCUCGAGGAUGCGGGUGAGGUGGCAGAGGAAGCCGCAGAUGACGCAAAGGAGGCGGCCGAGGAGGCGGCGGACCAGGCCGCCGAGGCGGCGGAGGGUGCAGAAGAUGCUGCCUUGGCGGCGGAGGAAGCGGCAGAGGCUGGCGAUGCGGCAUCUGAGGCGGCGGACGAGGCUGAUGAGGCCGCUGAUGCUGCAAAGCGGGCAGCUAAGGCAGCUGAGGAGGCCGAUGGGGCUUCAGAAGCUGCCGAAGCGGCGGAAGAAGCGGCAGAAGCAGCCGAGGACGCUCAGGAUGCUGCAGAGGAAGCAGCAGACGCGGCAGAGGAAGCGGCAGAGGCCGCGGAGGAAGCAGCAGAGGCUGCGGAAGAGGCGGCCGAAGACGCCGAGGAGGCUGAGGAGGCGCUGGAGGAAGCCCAGAAGGCGUUGGCGGCUGCCAGGGCCGCGCUGGAGGCGGCUGACACCGCCGAGGAGGUGAAGGAGGCCCGGGAGGCGGCUCGCGACGCGGAAGAAGCUGUGGAGGCCGCCGCUAAGGCUGCAGAGGAGGCAGCGGAGGCGGCUGAGGAGGCGAAGGAGGCGGCUGAGGAAGCAGCCGAGGAGGCAAAGGAGGCAGCUGAAGAUGCGGCG